AUGGACUCUCCGGUAGCAUCCAAUGGCUAUAGGACUCACGAUUCUCCUCGGGGGAGGCGGUGUAGCCGUUCACCCUCACGUUCUCGGUCGAGGUCACGAUCUCGCCGCUACCGCAGCCGCAGUGGCAGUCGGGACUACAGUCGCAGGAGCCCCGGUUACGGGUACCGCAGUUCCAAUCGCCGGCGAUUUUUAGGCCCACGCGAGAAUGCGAAGCCGUCGCGUUGCUUGGGGGUAUUCGGUCUAUCUUUGCAUACUCAAGAAAGAGACCUUUAUGAUAUAUUCUCUCGGUAUGGCCCGAUCGAUGACGUGCAACUUGUAUACGACAACUAUACAGGUCGGUCCAGGGGCUUCGGUUUUGUCUACUUUAACCACUUGUCGGACGCGAAAGUCGCCAAAUCUGAGGCGCAUGGAAUGGAGGUGGAUGGUCGUCCAAUCCGUUGUGACUUUAGCGUUACUGAUAGACCUCAUUCUCCUACACCCGGCAUUUAUAUGGGACGACCAACGAGACGAGGUGGUCCUCGACGACGUAGUAUUUCUCCUCGUGGUCGUUAUUCCCGUUCGAGAUCCCGUUCCCGCAGUUAUGAUCGUAAGUAAGCCCCAGUUGUUCGAGGCACCCAGACUCCAAACUUGUGCGCAGAGUUGCUGCCGCAGCCCGUUUUUAUUCACCGCAUUUUUCACUUAGCUUUCUGCGUAUUCGCCUCUGAGACUCAUGUUGUCAUUCAUUUCUGUAUCUAAAUAAAAGUUAUUGUUCAUUAUCC